UCGUACCCAGUCUCUCGACUAAAGUACAUUGACAUUACAGCACUUCGUGCCGACCCUCUAAGACAUUUAUGCAUUGUUUUUAUCCCUAGAAUGUUGAAUCCACGUUUUUGUAAGCCAUCGUCCUUGGUUAAAACAGCCUCAAGACUAGUGGGAGCCAAAUGUUGCACUCGUAACUCUUCUAGCAAUGUUGCCGAAGGAAAAGAUGUUGGCAUCAGGCCAUUGUACUUGGAUCAACAGUCAACAACAGCAAUGGACCCACGUGUGGUUGACGCAAUGAUGCCCUACACAGUCUCGUUCUAUGGGAACCCACACUCUCGUACUCAUCAGUAUGGAUGGGAAAGUGAAAAGGCAGUAGAAAAAGCCAGAGAGCAAGUGGCCAAUUUGAUUGGAGCAGAUCCCAAGGAGGUCAUCUUCACAAGCGGAGCCACAGAAUCAAAUAACAUAGCCAUUAAGGGUGUCGGCAGAUUUUACAAAAAGAAGAAAAACCAUAUUAUAACAGCUCAAACAGAGCACAAAUGUGUACUUGAUUCUUGCCGUGUUCUGGAGGGAGAAGGAUUUGAAGUUGAUUAUCUUGGGGUCAACAAAAAUGGCCUUGUUGAUAUAAAGAAAUUUGAAAAAGCACUCCGACCCACAACAUCUAUGGCUUCUAUUAUGAUGGUGAACAAUGAGAUUGGAGUCAUACAACCCAUAGCAGAACUAGGUGCAUUGUGCCGCAAAAAUAAAGUGUUCUUCCAUACAGAUGCAGCUCAGGCUAUUGGAAAAAUCCCAGUUGACGUUAAUGAGAUGAACAUCGACCUUAUGUCCAUCAGCGCUCACAAGAUCUAUGGUCCAAAAGGUAUCGGUGCCUUGUAUGUGCGUAGGAGGCCAAGAGUAAGAGUUGAGCCAAUACAGAGUGGUGGAGGGCAAGAAAGAGGAAUGCGGAGUGGAACCGUGCCUCAUGUGCUUUGUGUUGGUCUUGGCGCAGCUUGCGAAGUUGCUCAACAAGAGAUGGAGUAUGACAAAAAGCGUAUCGAGAUGUUGUCCGAACGACUCAUCAACGGCAUCAUGAAGUCUGUUAGUCACGUGGUCAGGAAUGGAGACCCAAUUAAUGCCUAUCCUGGAUGUGUCAAUCUCUCAUUUGCCUACGUGGAGGGUGAAAGCCUUCUGAUGGCACUUAAAGACAUUGCCCUUUCAUCAGGGAGUGCCUGCACAUCGGCCUCUCUUGAGCCUUCCUACGUGCUUAGAGCUAUAGGAGCUGAGGAAGACCUUGCUCACUCAUCCAUCAGGUUUGGUAUCGGUCGGUUCACCACAGAGGAGGAGAUUGAUUACACUGUGGAGAAGAUUGUCUUCCAUGUGAAGCGGCUCAGGGAGAUGAGUCCUCUUUGGGAGAUGGUGCAAGAAGGAAUCGACCUGAAGUCAAUCCAGUGGUCACAGCACUAGACGAAUUCUUCGCAAUAUACCAACUUUGAAUUAUAUCAAGUGUGUGGCAGCACCCCAGCACCGUCUAUGCAAUGCAGUAGUGUCUGGUUCACGAAGUGUUGUACUGGAUUGGCAUCUGGAAGGCUUCCAUCUACUGAACAAUUACAUAGAGUCGUUUACAAAAGGUUGUCAUCAACCGGCUUCGCGACUACGCGACAAGCCCGCAUGUAAGCAUGGGUAAAAACCACUGAAGCGCACAGCUGCAUAUAUUAGCCACCGCUACAACCGUCUAUGUCUAAAGUUAUGCAGUGGCUAAUAUAUAAAGCUAAGCGCUUCAGUGAUUUUUACCCAUGCUUACAUGCGAGCUUGUCGCGGAGUCGCAAAGCCGGUUGAUGACAACCUUUUGUCAAACGACUGUAUAUGUGCUCUGUGCAUUGCUGAUGCGCAACGUUUUACUCAUGACAAGGAGUGUGUCAUUCUUGAUCUUAUCAGAGACAUAUAGUGGACUGAAACAAUUAGCAGUACAAUUUAGUUAAUCUGAUAUAACAAUCUGCAAACAGAUUGCAAGCGCAUGACAACCAAAUAUGUAUUUUUUAGUGCGUGUGCGUAUAAUUUUUAAAUAUCCUUCAAAAUUAUAUUAUCCUUUUUAGAUUAUCAGUUUCCCUGCACACCCCCCCCCCCCCCCCCAAAAAAAAAUCAAUUUGGAGCUUCAGCUCCUAUAUUAUCCUUUGUUAAAGCCAUAGGAUACAUCAGGUUUUACCUGACGUAAAUAACACAUCUCCCACUAUGUGGUAUUGGGUCAACUUUAGAGCAAUCAAGAUAAAUUUCCAAUUUUGUACACUUUUUUGUCCAAUUUUAUUUAAGCAAACACCUCUAAUUAUUUCUAAUUAGGCUAUCGGAAAUUAAAUCAAAGGGGCUUCAUUCAAUAAAAUUGUUUGUGUUAAAAA